AUGCUCUCUGUUAUAGUCAGCACCGUCGAAUCGGAUCGCAAACUGUCUAUUGAGAAAGUCAUAGCCAAUCCAGACGAUCCCACAAACAGUGAGAAGUACAUCCAGGGCGGCACUCUGGUCAUCUGCCCCACCAGCAUGUUAGGCCAGUGGCAGGCCGAGAUAGACACCCACACCAAGUCACGCUCACUGCGCUACCUGGCGUACCAUGGCACCAACCGUGCCAAGGCGAGUG